AUUUCUCUAGUUAACUACGAAUUAGCAUUACUUCAUAAGAUGAGAAUAUACUCGGUUUUCCACAUUUUACUGCUGAAACUAGCAAAAAUAUUAAUGAAUAAUAUAGCAGAAGUAGAAAAUAAUGAAUCAGAGUAUAAGAUAGAAAAGAUUCUUAAGCAUAGAAGUAUAAAUAGCAUAAGGGAAUAUCUUAUCAAAUGA